UCAUCUCCAGAAAAUGAAUCUAAAUGUAUAAUUACAAUUGAAUGACAUCCAACAAAUCUUUUUAAUGUUGCCUGAAGUUUUUUCUCAUUAUACAACAACAAAAGUGUUUACACCAAAAUUUUGCCAAAUAGAAAUGCAUAUCUUAAACAGGCAUGAAGGUUUUGUUUUAACUAAUGACACAUAUCACAAGCUGUAUAUUCAAAAAGGGUUACAACACAACACAAAGUACCGUUUGCUUAAAACUGCUGCUAAAAUUGCUACACUAUCACUCUAACUCACUAACAUAUCAUUGUCUAUGUUGAGCAUUGGAAUUCGCUUCUGUUUCUGCCUAUUGGGCAGAAUUUCAAAACAGAUCUGUCCCCACCCACCACCCACAUAUAUGCACACACGUACACCUUGCCAGUGGAAAAGAAAAAAUCAUUACUCAUUCAUCCAUUCUACAAAGCUUUCCAUGCGAAAUGGGAGGGAUUUUCAAUUUUGGUGAUACCAAAUAAAUAGGUAUGUUGAGGAUCACAAUUCAUUCAAAACAAUUUGUAAGGUUCUAACUUGGCUCUUCUGCAAAACUAAACACAAUGGCCAACGUCUUACUGUGGUGCUUGCUUGCCUUUUCUUGCUGUAUCCUUAUAGAUGCACAGUUGCCUUCCAUCGAAAGGUGUUCAGAAAUCAAGAUGGCCAUUGAUAAAUGGAUCAAUAAACAAGCAAACGAAACGUAUCCAAGCACUCUUCAUACCCCAGUUGAUGUAACGCCCCAGUGCCUGGACUCUGCCCUGCAUUGCUUUAGAUAUCAGAUAUCAUAUUUAAAAGAAGCCAAAGGACAGAAAGAGGAAGACUUUAAGAGGCAUAUUAAAAAAGUGAAGCUGAACAAGAUGCACACUCCAAGAAAUAAAGACUGUCCGAUUUGCACUAAAUAUGAAAAACAGAAACCAAAAGAUUUUCUGGAAAACAUGUUAUUGCUAUUGCAGCAGAUUAUAGCCGGAAAUCCACCACAAACAUCAGGCUGAAAACGGAUCUUCCCUGCUUUAGUUUAGGCAUGCAUGCAUUUAAAAAGGAUCUGCGCAUUUACAACAAACUACAAAUGAACUGUUUUCUCUUUUCACUGACAUUGACAAAUGGAAUUCUCAGGACUACUGAUCCAUCUGUGGCUAUGUGACAUAUUUUGAAAUUUGGCCCAUCCAUCACAUCACAUAUUCUUUUACUGAUUGGUCAGCUAUGAGUUGUGCCUUUGCAAAUCCAUGUGUCCAGCUGACUUAGAUCUGAAUUGCGCCCAGUAAGAUCUAGUUGUCUUGGACCAGAGCUGAAUUAUGCUGUAUCAUAGGGCAAGUCUUAUCCCUUGAUCUGAGUUCAACCAGAAUGAAUCCAAUUGGAUUCAGCAAAUACACAGCUUUAUGUGCAGAAAUUUACCAGAUAAAUGCAUAAGUGAAAAUGAUCUUUACAAUGACACUAUUCCUGAAAAGAAUCAUAACCAACUUCCAAUCAUAUAUUGCCAUCUCUUAAAUGUAGUUUAUACUUUGGAUAAUUAAAACACAAAUGCAUUGUAAGCAUAAGCCCUAUAAGUACCAAAAGAGAAACCUGUUUGGCAAGUCGUGUGCCAUAUUGCUUUGAACUAACUCAUGCGCAGAAAUCUUUGGCCAUGCAUGUAAACAUGCGUUGCUAUAUUUAUUUUUAUAUUCUCCAGUAUCUGGUCAUUUUAUUUUUCCAUUUUUGUUGGAAACAGAUAUUUAUGGUUUCAAAAUACUAUUCUAUUUAAAUUAUUUAAUAUAACUUAUUUGUUUUUGCAUAUUUUUUGGAUAAUAUGUCUUGCAUAAAGACCCGCAAAGGCUAAACAAAAUGUACAGUGUUACAGAAACAUGAAUUGAGAAAAGAAGCUGUACAUUUGCGCAAGAUGAAGCUAUCGUAUGGCCUUAUAAAAUGCCUUCUUUGUUACCCCCUUAUAUAUGAGUUCAUUGAGAUGUAUUACAUUAGUGAAUUCAGUCUGACAGUUUUGUCACUUGGAUCCAGCUGGACAGGCACUUGUAUCGACUUCUACUAAAGUUGAAUGAGGGUCUUCAAUGUGCAAUUCAAAAUGCUCCAACUUUUACUAGUUGGAUUGCACACAUGCAUCUAUGCAGUCAAAGUUAGGACUGAAGUAGCUCUUAGUUUAUGAUACUUAAAGUAAGUUCAUAAGCAAUCAAUAUCUAACAAUUCUAUACAUGGAGUACUUAUAUACUGGGCCCAACACUUAGGACCAUGGAAUGCAUCAUACAGUAGGACUCCAUAUAAACUUCUUGCACUCAGUCUACCUAAAAAAAUGGGUUUCUGAUGGUGGCCCUUUCUUAAAAUAAAAAUUGAUUAAGCAAAGCUAAUGUCAAUAUCAGCAUUAAUUAAAUCAAUUUUGUAAAAUUAAAAAAUAUAAUUCGAAAAAGAUAUUUGCAUAAAGAGUUUUGCAUAUUUUUAUAAUAAGAAGUGUGCAUGAAUCCCAUUCCUAAUUUACAGCAACUUCAGAAACCAAUGAACAUUUUAUUUUUUUUCAAAAAAAGGCAUUUGAAGUCCAUGCAGUUCUCUGUGCCUCCUCCCGAGGAGUAGUUUUAUAUUAAUAUGUGUGUUUGUAUAGUAUUUAUUGGUCUACUAAAGACAUUGAAAUUGUGCUAUUUGGUUGGAAGAAGGAAUAAUAUUCCUUAAUGUGACAUUCAAUCUCUUGAUAUGAAAAUGUUUUGCAGCUGGUCUGAUUUUUAUUAACUUAUUAAACUAUUAUCUUGUCUGAA